UUACCCAGAAAUGAUUUGAUAUUAGAUAAAAACAGCUGCAUUGAACCUUUAACACAUAAUACACACUGAACAAACAGUCUCUAUCUUGGUUCACAUCAUCUCUCAACAUCAAGAGACAGUCACCAUGUGGAUCUCUGUGUCUGAUCAGCUCUUUCCUUCAUAUCACUGCAGGUGAGUCCUACAAUAUCCUAACAUGUAGCCUAUGUCAUAUUUAUUGCAAAGAAAACCCCCCACCUACCCAGCAUAAGUAAAAGUAUCAGAGAAAUGUAUUCAAACAACAUCUGGCAUGUGUUAAGAAAUAGAAAGUUAGCAGAAUAUCUUGCAGAUUAAAAAUAUAUACUGUAUGGUUCAGUAAAUCUGAAAUCACAACACAGAAAUUGUUGCUUGUCAGUUUUAUUCAAUACAGAUGUAAAUGGGUUUCUUGGUUUUAUGGUUUAACAACAAUAUUUUAUAGCAUAGAUUUUUUUUUUUACAAAAAGUCAUGAAAUCUCAGACCUGUAGAUGUUCCAAAGUCAACAUAUGCGGAUUGCUGUUUAAAGUAAGACAAAACUGUAAAAUGACCAUCAACGCAAAAUAAUCUAUUGAUACAGUAACUAACCAUACAUAUCUCAUAUUUGAUGGUGUUAAUGGAGCUCUGUAAUCCUGCAUUGACAUUAAAAACACUAUGGCUUAUGUUGUUUUGUGUUUCAACAGGCUGCACUCUGCUAGUCACUAACUAUGGUGAGAUCACUGUCUACUCAGGCCAGUCGCUUCUCCUGCCCUGUUCAUGUACUGAACCCCAGGCUAGACCUCACAGCAGCACAUGGACUAAAUUCAACGGUGAACAGCAGCCUGGGAUAUUAAUCAAGCCCUCACAGGAUUCUCUCUACCGAGGCAGAGUGGAGAUGUUUAAUAACACCUCUCCUGGGAACCUCUCUGUCCUCCUCUCACACGAUGAUGGGUGGUACAGGUGCCAAAUCAACGGUACAGAACACAGUGACAUCAAACUCACUGUUAAAGGUAAGAGAUGCUGCUAAUAUCAGGCUUACAUCACUGUGUACUUACAUCACUGUGUAUAUAGAAAGUAAAAUAGGAAACACACUUAAAAUGCAAAAAUCUACAUCAAAUGAAUGAUAUGGCCCAUCUUAAAAUAUAUCAGACAUUUCAAAUUAUUAUUAGGUAUAGCAGUAGUAUUGUUCAUAAUGGGUUAUGUGUUCAUGGUAGUAGUUGUAGAGAUCUACGAUUUUCUGUCAUUAGAAAAAUAAGUAUCCAAUAAUACAUUGCUUUGUGUUUCAACAGGCUGCACUCUGUCAGGCCCUGAAUCAAGGGUGGUCAAUGGAUCCCCAGGCCAGUCUGUUCUCCUGCCCUGCUCCUGUAGUAAAACCCAGGCUAAACCUCCCAGCUUCACAUGGACUAAACUUGGAGAUCGACAGAAACCUGCGAUAAUAUCAACACAGAGUGAUCUCUAUCGAGGCAGAGUGCAGAUAUUUAAUAACACCUCUCCUGGGAACCUCUCUGUCCUCCUCUCAGAACUCACUGAGGACGAUCAGGAGUGGUACAGGUGUGAAAUCAGUGAGACUCAAAUGAGAGACGUCAAAAUUGAUAUUCAAAAUAAGACAGACAAUUCUGUUUAAUCACUUCAAUCUUUUUGAACACCAUUAUAGAUAUUAUCUACUCACUUUGGAAAUCAUCCGUAGAUAUUGUAACAGCAUACUGUAAAUAUUGUAACAAAAUACUGUAUGACGAGGGCCCUUCCAGGCCCACAGCACUGCAGUAUGUAGACUACCUCACCUGACAGACUAAGUUGAAUGCAACUGAUAGCAAAUUUCACCAACUGUUCUACUCAUUAGAUUUAGGUACAUAAUAUAGUUUUGUAAUGUGUCUUUGCUCUGGCUAAUGUUCAUCCUGUCUGUUAGGGAAAUACCAACCCCUCACAACCACUACCACCAAACUCCCACCACUAUCUCAACCAAAAGGACUAGACACCACAACAUUCCUAGUACCAACAGCGUCACCUAAAGGUCAGUGAAUGUUUGUCAUGAAAUUCUUCUCCAUGAAAAUAAUAUUCAAAUGAAAUCAUUUAAAUGUCUGUUUCUGUUUAUAUACAGUGCAUUCGGAAAGUAUUCAGACCCCUUCACUUUUUCCACAUUUUGUUACGUUACAGCCUUAUUCUAAAAUUGAUCAAAUAGUUUUUUUCCCUCAUCAAUCUACACACAAUGACAAAGCAAAAUAGAUUUUUAGAAAUGUUUGCACAUCUAUUACAGAUAAAAACAGAAAUAUCACAUUUACAUACUGUAACCCAUAUUCCCAUCAAAGGGCCAGUACAUUUACAGAAGUUUGAACAAAAAUCAGUAUACAAAGCUGACUCCAUAAUCUAUUGUAUUGCACUGUGCUGGAGGAGUUCUGUUUUCUGCACACAGCCAAGCUAUCUGUUACACUGUAGAUUGACAGAACACUGUCAUGUCCUGUAGGGGCAGACACAGUGGGGACUUCAGGAGAAGCUCCAUCUGCUUCCCCUCUACAAAACAAUAUAAUCCAACCCAUUUUACUAGCUGUCAUACUACCAGUCAUACUGAUGAUCACUGGAGUGGCUUUGUACAUAUACAAGAGAAACAAAGGUAUGUAUCCACAAUUGCAACCGCUCAGAAAAGCAAUGAGUUCAGUGGAAUGUGGGAAUGGUUCAUUUUGUGUAUGAAACUCCGUUUUUUUAUCCCCAGGAAAGAAUAACACAGGGGAGAAAAGUAGUGGGAGUAAAACAGGAGGAGAGAAAAGGGUAAAUAAAUCAUUUAGAAGCUCUAUCACAUUGAGAGUGUGGAGAAAUGAAGAUAGAUAGAAUACAUCCCACUGGUCAUUGAGUUAUUAUGUGGUUAAGGGGACAAGGUUACUGUAGGUGUGUCUUAUUUUCAGCCUCCUAUGAUGAUUCCUCGCUGUAUUCCACGGUUGCAGACAGAAACGCUGGUUUAGGCGACAAGACAACAGCACCGGUAAGAUAACAUUUGUGUUUGUGUGUGUCUUAAAGACUGUUACUGGAUUAAAUAAUGUCAAAUUCAGUGGGAAAAUGAAGGUCUCAAGAAAGAUAACAUCUGAAUCAUUGUGCUAUUUGUGUGCUGUGGACGUCACUGUUUUAUGUGUCUCACACUGGAGGCUGCUGAUGGGAGGACGGCUCAUAAUAAUGGCUUGAAAGGAGUGAAUCGAAUGGCAUCAAACACAUGGAAAACGUGUUUGAUGUGUUCGAUACCAUUCCAUUGAUUCCGUUCCAGCCAUUACUAUAAGCCUGCCCUCCCAAUUAAGGUGCCACCAGCUGCCUGAGGUGUCUCAUUGUAUCUCUCCUGUCUAGGAUGAUCCCUCUGUAUUGUAUGCUACGGUUCAAGAACACAGAAACACCAACCAAGAAGAGACAACAACACCACUCAGUGCUCCAGUAAGACAAUGUACAUCUGAUAUGAUGAACUAACAUAACUGAUAUGAUUAACUACAAAUACUUCACAGCCAUUUGUACAGUGUGUGUGUGUGUGUGUGUGUGUGUGUGUGUGUGUGUGUGUGUGUGUGUGUGUGUGUGUGUGUGUGUGUGUGUGUGUGUGUGUGUGUGUGUGUGUGUGUGUGUGUGUGUGUGUGUGUGUGUGUGUGUGCGUGUGUGUGUGUGUGCGUGUGUGUGUGUGUGCUAGUAUAAGCAUUAUAUAUAGUGUAAAUUAGUGUGAAUCUGUGCAUCCCUAGAUGUCAGCUACAGUGCCUGUGUCUCUGAAUGUCUCUUGUUUCUUAUUGUCCCUCUCGACAGGAGGAUCCCUCAGUGACAUACUCCACCAUCGUCCACAUGACAGGAAAAGGGAAAGCAGCAGUGAGUCUGGAGAGCAGUGGAGAAACAGAGUACUCCAGUAUCAAGACAGGCAGAUUCUCC